AACUAGCCUACUUCCCUACUAAACAGUGUGUUGUCCAUUUCACUACUGUUCUAGUUUGGCAUACUAUUUAGAACUGUAGCUGUUCUGGUCGUUGGACUUGUGCUCAGCUGUGGUGUCAGAGCUUCUCUGCCUGCUGAUCACAAGACACCAACUCUGUCGUGCACUACAUCAGAUUUUCAGGCUUUUGAAAUUCAUCUCUUGUUAUUUUCGACUGACAGGAUCAUUGAAAAGAACAACAAAACCUUUUGCGCAAGUAUGGCGGUUUAUUCAGGGCGCUUGGGUUUGGAUUUUAUUUGGCUCGGUUGAUUUUAUUUGCUCCAGUUUUGACUGAUUUGGUUUGGAGAUGCAGUGCCCGGAAUGUAAGUGCGCUGUAAAAGAAUCUUUCCGCUUCUGCCCUGAAUGCGGAUCCAAACUGAGCAGCCACCCAACUAAAACUACAGGUGGAAAGUCCUCAGAAAAAUCGUCCCAACAAGAAAAAGAGGGAAAACAAAACCAGCCAGAUCCAGAUAUUGAUGCCAGUUCAUCCUCAGAGCAUUGCACUGAGGUUCCAGGAGCAAGAGUGAAAGAAAAGGUCAUUUCAAAUCCAGGCCUCACCUCAUCACUGAAUGACACAAAUCAAGAUAAAGAUGCGUCUGAGAGAACGCACAAAGAAGAUCAACCACAAGAUGGCGCCACUUUGUCUUCCGAAAAAACAUCUGAAGAAAAAACUAGGCUGUCUAUUGAUACAGCUUCCCAAAACACACAGACAUCACCCCAUGUCCAGGAUAGAAUGUCUUUCCAAUCUCAUCAAACAUUCUGUUCAGAUCUUCCAAGUACCCAAGAUUUGCCAGAGAAUACAAGAAGUGAAGAGAGUGCAUUCUCUAGCCAGUCACUUCCAGCAGCACCUGGCAUAAGGUCCUCUUCAUUUGAAGAAUCCAGCCAGAGUAAUGUGGGGCCAAACUCAAAGUGCCAACUCGCUGAAGAACAUGUUGAGAUGGAAGUGAACAAAAUCAGUUCUGAUCCUAUGAACAAUCUCAAGGCAGAGUCUCCUGCAGAUGAUUUUCCACCUCCCAGACCCGAUAACGAGUUGCAGUCUGUACAGCGUGCCCUGUCAGACUCUGCAACUCAACCACAGAGAACAGACCAAAAUGAACACAAAUUACAACCAAGUGUGAAUGAAACAACAAAAAUGGUGUUGAUCAGUCAGACACAGUCUUCCACAGCUGGCAUAUUGCCUCCUUCUUGUGACUGGAACACUGAAGGACCUGAUAUUAGUUCUCAUGGGGAGCUUGCAAAAGCACAGGCUGAAAACCUGAACCAGCAAUCUUCAUUUCCUCCGCAGUCUUCAAUCAGCCAUACUCCUGAAAGCACAAAAGAGGAAACACACACAUUGCAGUGUACCACUGGACAGAGUGAAAAACAACAAAACCCUUCAAACAGGAAAUUAUUUGGGCCAUAUAAUAAUGAGGAAGGAACUGCUACAAAACCCAAAGCAGACAAUAUCGGCAACAAACAACAAACUAAACACGAAGACGUCAAAGCACACAAAAAAGAAGUAAAUGAUCAUCAAAAGAUAAGGGACACAGAGACCCCUAAACAAAGCUUUAACACUGAGAAGCCUUUGCCUCAGGACAAAAGUGUCCCUUCAAACCAAAAUGAUGAAGCGGGUAUUCAAGAAGUGUCAUCAAAGAAGACAAAGGGCAACCAGAACCACACAUCAAACCAACAACAAGAUCCCAAAGACAUCACCAUUUUCUUUCAUGCCAUCUUAUCCAAAGACUUUAACCUAGACCCAUCAAGAGACACUGUUACUGUAAGAUCAGGUUAUUUAGGAGGGAAUUGGACUAAAGAUAUUGUGCAAAUGGAAGUCACAAGAAACCUAAGAGACGAUGGUUUUCUUGUGCAUGGAAAACUGGAAAGCAGUAGAAAGAAUAUUGGGAAGUGCAUUCCUUAUAAAUAUGUUGUUCUCAAGCAAGGCAAAUCCUCCGAAUUUGAAUUCAUCUACAAAGACAAUCCAAGGGGCAUUGUUAAUCGCUGUCUCUUUAUCAACGAAUACUUGCUUACACAACAAGGGGAAUGGCACCAGUAUGAUGACAUAAUAUGUGCAAAGUCUUCACAAAAUAUAGGUGAAAGGAUAAAAAACUGGUUUGUGAGCACAAAGCCUGAUUUAGUGAGAGGAAGAAAUUUAGCAGGAAACAUCAUGUUGGAAACAAUCUUUGAUGUCCUUGGUGAAUGGAGCAAGCUAAAUGUAAGAAACUUCUUUGUCCAGCUCCGGCAGUUCUUCAAAACUUAUUCAAAUCCCUGUGUAUAUGAAGAAUAUCCAGCAUCAUGGUAUUCUUUGCAGUAUGGUGAAACUCAGGUGAAAGAACUUCUCACAAAUUUCAUGCAGAAUAGGAUUGCUUCUCUUCAAGCAAACAGAAAUGUAUUAAUUCAAGAUCAGCAAAGAGCCAUGGCCAUGCUGCUGGUUUAUCUAGAAUGUAAUCUACACGUGGCUCAAAAUACCGCUGUUCAUAUUGGCAGGCUGCUUUGCUUUCCCAAACUGUCAAAGAAAGAAUUCAGUUCCUACUGGGAUGUGUUUUUACAGCCUCUUCAAGAGGAAAGCCUUGCAGAUGCAAUGAGACGUUUUUGUCAGAUUGCACAGAACAGAAAAACUACCAACUGGAUUCUUGUUCUUCCUUUUCUACAUUUUUUGGAGAGAGACAGCAAACCAUUUGAGCCAAACAAACUGGACAAACUGGACACUGGACAAGACUUUGACAUUUGGGCAGGACUUAAAAGGUUCAGAGUUCAUGAUAAUGGUGUAGACUCGCAACACACAAGAGGACUUAUGAAGGUCAUGGAGGCCCAUAAACAUUUGGUUGACAUAGAUCAGUUACUUGCUCGUUCCUGGAUGUGUCUAUUGGGUUUGAAUAAUUUGCUGGAAUUUACAUCCUUGAUAGCUGUGGAUAUCCUAGAUGUCCUCAUCAUGCUAAACUACAGACUUGACAUCAAAGAGUCGCAAUAUGACAAACAGGAGCUGACGCAGCUGUUUUCAGGUCUCCCUCAUACAAUUAUGAACCAAGAAGUCAGGUUUAAAGAUAAUGACUAUUGCGACCUUUGCCUGAUGAAGUGUUUCAACCUUCUGGCUAAAAUCUGUCGAAAUUUCAAGAAUGCAUAUCAGUCUGAUGUUCCUCUGGAGUGCUUGAAACUUUUCAAUCUGAUCAUGGAUUUGAAAGAACGUUUCAAUGACAAGGAAUCAGAUGAGGCCCAGAGAGGGAAGAGCAAGGAUGUGUUCUUGCAGACAGAAAAAACUAUAAGAGAAUGGCUCCGAAACACCUUCUCCAAUCGUUUACUGAGCAACUCUCACAGCUACACAAGUUUCACUAUUGCUCAUGAACUUGAGGUAUGGAGUAAGCUCAUUUCACUGCAUUUUGCUAACAAGGAGUUUUCCUCAACAUGGAGAACAGCAUUCCUAAAACAGUUUGAAGGGAAGCUGAAACAGGAAAGGCCACUUCAUCAGAUUGAAAUCUACUGCAACAAAGUAGAGGAUGUGAACUCCAAGUUUCCUUUAUUAUCUCCCUCAUUUGAAAACUGUGCAUUAGAGGCUGUCACCUCCGUGUGUGAGCAUGGAUCUGAGAAGAGUUUAUUUGAUAAACUCAAAAGCCAUGACUUAAGUAAAUUUGGAAACUUGGUAUCUGCAAUUGUACUCAAAGCUUGGCCAAAGACUGAAGAUGGAAAGUAUCAAGAAGGAGAGGAGCUGGUAGUACGACAUCUAUUAACAUGGCCUACUGCAAGCAAAAUCUUUCAGCUACAAGGUGCAAAUGGGAAACUCAUUGAUCAACUCUCAGAUGAAGCCAAGGAGCUAAUGGCCAUGGCAGGCUCUGCAUUCAGCAGUGUCGCACAAAAAUUUAUCCAAGGAGACAUUACAAUAAAGAUCCUGAAUCAGAUCCUGGAGAGAGACGAUGUGUUCACUGAUCUUCUACAGAUUGAUGCUUUGUGUGAAGAUGGUCGAUGCAAAGGCAACGGAGCUAUGAAAACUCUGCUUAGAAAAAGGAAGGAAGAAGUUGACGACAUCUACCAUGAAAAAAAGUUAAUUGCAUGCUUACUGUGUGUGUGCCACAAACUCCAAAACCACAUCAAAGUUGAUACUGAGGAUCUUGAAAAGAAACACACAGUUAAUGUGGAGCAGAUGUGCCUGGAUGAAUUCAUGGAAGUUCAUCAGCUUGAUGAAAGUUCUUCAGAAGUGACCGGACUGGUCACAUAUUUCAACCUGUGUGAUCGCACUAGAAAGAUGGCAAAGCGAGUGCAUUCUUUGAAAGACAGCUACAUAUUUUCUGUGUGCUGGGAGAACCAAGCCAAAACACUCUCAUACACUGAGCAAAAUGAUGAUGAUGAUGAUGGUGAUGAAACAGAGCCAGUCAGAGAUAUGGAGCCAUGUACCCUGGAGUUCAUCCAUGAAAAAAUAUUUGAGCCUUGCAACAAUCAAUACGAAAGGAUUUACACCAGUUUGAAGAAUGGUUCUAUCACAUUCCAAAUGGUUGAUAGUGUCUUUCAGGUCUAUAAGGGCAAAUAUGAUGAUCUGAGAAAAGAUCUGGAAAUCAUGUGCAAAAUAAAUCCUAAAGAUAAUAAACGCUGGAUUAAGGAUAGAAUCCAUCAAAUCCAACAAUACCAUGACCUGCACUUAGCAGCAGAAUCAGCACAAGUAAUCAUGGAGGUCAAGGAAGCACUAUGCCGUGAGGGAAACUUCAGCGUACUAAACAGCCUGCUUGAUGUUAGUAAAGCUGACUCCAUGGAGGCAAGCUUAGAUCGUAUUGAUGAUAAAUUAAUAAGUGCCAAAGCAGUACUGGCAGACAUAACAGAGGGUCGCAGACAGUGUCUUCAGGAGCUCAGCCAUAGAAAAAUCUUUGUUAAGUGGGUCAAAGAGGCCUUGCCAGAUAUCAGUCAGCUUAAGGUCUUUGUUGAUCUUGCAACAAUCUCUGCUGGAGAGAAUGCUAUGGAUGUUGAUCGAGUGGCCUGUUUCCAUGAUGUUGUGCAAGGAUACUCUUCCCUGCUUUAUGGGCUAAACACUGAUUCUGAUUUUAAUGCUUUUAAGACAGCCCUGCAAAAACUGUGGAAAGCCCUGGAAAGUGACAACAACAUUGUAAAAAAGCUGAGAGACACUGCUCGACACUUGGAUUGGCUAAAGUCAGUGAAAGAGAGUCAUGGCUCAGUGGAAUUGUCUUCCCUCUCUUUUGCCACAGCCAUAAAUGAAAGAGGAGUGUAUUACAUCACUGCCCAAAACCAACAAAAGCUCAACAUGGAAACUGCUCUUAAACUUCAUGUUCCUGAGGGACAUGGAGAAGAAAAGGAGGUUCGCUGUUAUUCUUUAGAAGAUGUUAGAGAUCUCCAAAACAAACUCAUGCUUAUGUCUGGGAAGGUGGAGCACAACCAUGAGGUUGAACAUUUUACUGAGGUUUUUGACCAUGUUCAGAGACUCGCUGGGAUAUUUCUUGAUCUUCUUUCUGCUGGAAGCCCUUUAGUCAGGCAGUGGGAAGUGAAAAUCAACUGUUGUGCCUUAAAUUCUGAUGAUUUCCCCAACCACGGAAUCAUUAUUGACUUUAAUUUGAGUAGCAUUCUUGAAAAAAUAGCAAUCGAUGGUAAUGUUGUUGAACAACUACCAAAACUUUGCAAGAAAAUGGAAAGGUACCUCAGUGACUGGAAGAAGUUCAUGGAAAAACAGAGAUCUGAGAACUACUAUCUGAAUUAUUACACUGCAGAGCAAAUUGUCUAUCUUUGUGAACAGCUGUCUUUGAAACAUUUAAAUGAAGACUUAGAUGAGUGUGUAUUGAUGAUGCUGUCUUUCAUCAACCCCAAGUCUUCUACAUUUAAUGUGUGGAAAACAUGGAAACUUGUGUUUCAAGAUUCAGAUUCUUUUAUACCUGAGGAAAGCUUAAGUAUAAGUGUACAAGAUAUCUCAGACAAAGAUUUGGGGUUAGGUACAUUGGACUUCAUUUGGGAUAAGUAUAUCACAGACAUGAAGACCUUUCUACCAGAUACACUGCAUAUCUCAGGUUUAGGGAAACUCCUUGAGAGGCUGAACAAUACCUUGAAGUGGGAUUAUGAAGAUGAUGACCAAGAAGAGUUCAUGCCUUUACAUCCAAAUGAAGAACCGAAUGAAAUUAGGCGAGAGUUGCCUAAGGGGCUGAUGCUGGGUCGUCCCAAUCUCAUAGUUUGCCCCAAAGAAGAAAUCCUGGCGACUUGUCUCAGUGUUUACGCUGCCAGCGAAUACGCACCACUGCCAUCAUAUGAUGAAGUCCUUUUGUGCAGUUCAACCACUCCAUGUGAGCAUGUUGAACUUUUUCUAAGGCGCUGCCUCACCACUGGAAAUAUCAGUGAGAAGAUCUACACCCUGUUGUAUGCUGAGCUCUUGAGUUAUGAAGUCAGUUAUGCUGUGGAGCAGUUGUUUCACAAAUUUCAUUCUGGAUCAAGAAAGGAUUACAAACUUGUGAUUAUUUGCAGCUUGGAUCAAGAACAUGCUUACAUCCCCUCAGCAUUUAGUCAUUUCAAGCUGCACAUAAUUCCAAGAGAAUCCUUAGAGAGACUCCAAACAUAUCUCCAUAGACACAAUGCAGCGCCAGCAGAACAGGCUAGUGCUGCUGCUGUAUUCAAAGACAGACAAUCUGUUGGAAUUGUGUCAUCAAAGCGAGCAGGAGUCGGAAAAUCCUUGUAUGUUCAGAGGCUUUAUGAAAAGCUUGAGGCAUCUGAAAGGCCUGGAACUACGUGUCUGAAGUGCAUUCGCUUAACUGAGCCCAUAAUUGAUGAAAGUGGUAUCCUUCAUUCACUGCUGUAUACACCAAACCAGAAUGGGCUUGUGAUCUUUCAUUUUGAUGUUGCACCUGUGGUGCAAAAAGGAUUAGAUGAGUUUUUAUUUAAACUGUUAGUUCUUGGCUAUCUAAUGGACACUGAAGGACGUAUGUGGAAACGCAGCAGCCAGCACUUGUAUGCCUUUGAGAUGUUACAACACUCCACUGAAUCCCCAAGAUCUGUUGCAAGAACAGAUUCAAACACAACUUUCACUGAAGUUUUCCCCAAAGUGCAAUGCAGACCACCUAAAGAAGUUUUGGAACUGGAAAUGAGAGUAGCAGAUGAUCCUAGCUUUGAGAUUGAAGAUCCACUUAUGGAUGAUGAGUAUUUCAGAAGUGAAGCUUAUCAAAGGCCUUAUCAGUAUUUGAAGCGCUUUCAUGAGGGGGUUGACCUUGACAACUUCACCUUCAGUGGAGUUGAAGGUUCUCAUACAGAAUGUCUUCAGAUGUUGUUUUUCUACUGUGGAAUUGUUGAUCCAUCAUGGGCAGAGGUGAGGAACUUUACAUGGUUCCUUAACCUUCAGUUACAAGAUUGUGAGACAUCUAUUUUCUGCAACAUGGACAUUGUUGGAGACACUUUGAGAGGUUUCAGAAAAUUUGUGGUUGACUUCAUGAUUUUAAUGGCCAAAGACUUUGCUACCCCAUCAUUAAACAUUUCGGAUCAAAGUCUUGGAAGACAACAGGUUGACCUAAUGGAUGCUAAUGAAGAAGAUCUGGCUCCAUUUCGCAUCAGGAAGAGAUGGGAGUCAGAGCCCCAUCCGUACAUCUUUUUCAACGACGAUCAUGAGUCCAUGACCUUCAUUGGUUUCCACCUCAGGUUAAAUGAUAAGAAUGGUGUUGAUGCCUUGGAUCCAUCAACAAACAGAGUCAUAAGGAAGAACAUCAUGACAAAGCAGCUCUAUAAUGGUCUCCAGCAUAACAAGGUCCCUUUCAACAUUAGUUUUGAUGACUUACCAAGAGGUGAAAAGAUUGAGCAUUUGUGCAGUGUUCUUGGGGUUAAAUGGCCAUCGGAUCCUGAUGAGACCUACCAGCUCACUAUGGACAAUAUACUGAAGAUGAUGGCAAUUCACAUGAGGUUCAGAUGUGGCAUUCCUGUCAUUCUCAUGGGUGAAACUGGUUGUGGGAAGACAAGACUUAUCAAAUUCAUGUGUGAGCUGCAAAGAAGUGGAAACCCAGUGGACAAUAUGAAAUUGGUAAAGGUUCAUGGUGGCACAACUCCUGAUAUAAUUUAUGCCAAAGUACAAGAAGCUGAGUCCAUUGCAUCCUUGAAUAAAGAGAACCAUGACCUUGAUUCAGUAAUUUUCUUUGAUGAAGCCAAUACAACUGAAGCAAUCAGUUGCCUGAAGGAAGUGCUUUGUGACAAUUCUGUGCAAGGGCAUAAACUUAAACCCAAAACUGGUCUACAGGUUAUUGCUGCUUGCAAUCCUUACAGAAAACACUCAGAUGAGAUGAUUGAAAGGUUGGAAGGAGCAGGUUUGGGAUACAGCAUGAAAGCUAAUCAAACACAGGAUAAACUGGGCUCUAUUCCUCUCCGUCAACUGGUGUACAGAGUUCAUGCAUUGCCUCCAAGUAUGGUUCCAUUAGUGUGGGACUUUGGGCAGCUUGAUGAUAACACAGAAAAAAUGUACAUUCAACAAAUUGUUAAAAGUGUGGUUGAAAACAAUUCAGUCAGCAAGGACAAUAUCAAGAUGAUGACUGAUGUCCUAUCUGCAUCACAGUGCUACAUGAGGAAGAGAAAAGAUGAAUGUAGCUUUGUCAGUUUAAGAGAUGUUGAACGUUGCAUGCAAGUGUUUAAGUGGUUCUAUUCCAAAUACAAAAUGUUUUUUGAAGAUUUGGAAGAGUUCUUGAAGAACAAGAAGCAAAAACAAUCAAAGAGUGUUGUGGACGAAGCAAGCUCUUUAGAUGACAAAGAUCCUGUUGAGUGGGCUCUGCUGAUGGCAGUGACAGUGUGCUAUCAUGCAUGCUUGGAAAAGAAAAAGGAAUUUUGGGUAAAACUCUGCAGAUUUUUCCCAAGAUAUAACAAAUACAAAAAAGUAAUGCAAGAAAUCUCUCAAAUACAGGAUCUUCUUCUACAUGAUGUACCCCUAGGUGGUACAAUUGCUAAAAAUAAGGCAUUGAAAGAAAAUGUGUUCAUGAUGGUGGUGUGCAUUGAGCUGCGAAUUCCACUAUUCUUAGUUGGUAAGCCUGGGAGCUCAAAGUCCCUGUCAAAGACCUUAGUGGCAGAUGCAAUGCAAGGCCAAGCUGCACAUUCUGAACUGUACAGGAAACUGAAGCAAAUUCACCUAACAUCCUAUCAGUGCAGUCCUCACUCAACUGCAGAGGGAAUCAUUAACACAUUUAAACAGUGUGCUCGUUUUCAAGAGGGGAAAAAUCUAGAAGAGUAUGUUUCUGUUGUUGUGCUAGAUGAGAUAGGCCUAGCUGAAGACUCCCCAAAAAUGCCUCUAAAAACCCUUCACCCCUUACUGGAAGAAGGUUGCAUUGACGAUGAUCCAUUACCCCAUAAAAAGGUUGGGUUUAUUGGCAUCUCAAACUGGGCUUUGGACCCAGCCAAAAUGAAUAGGGGAAUCUUUGUCUCCCGAGGCGACCCAGAUCAGAACGAACUCAUUGAAACAGCCACAGGAAUUUGUUCUUUGCAACCAGUGGUCUUGGAAAACAUCAAGCAUCUUUUCAAGCCUUUGGCAGUUGCCUACAUGCAAAUCUGCAGUGCACAAGACAAAGGAUUUUUUGGCUUACGUGAUUACUAUAGCUUAAUCAAGAUGCUAUAUGGUGUUUCCAGAGACUCUAAUCCUUCUUCAGAACAGAUUGUUCAUGCAGUGUUGAGAAAUUUCAGUGGCUUGGAUAAUGUGGAUGCUCUGAAAAUCUUUGCCAAAACACUUCACAUAAAACCUUGCCUCAAUGACCUCAGUACUAUCAAUUUGGUAAGGCAAAACAUCACAGGCAAAGCUCAGAAUGAGGACUGUCGCUACCUUCUUAUACUAACCAAGAACUUUGCAGGCCUUCAAAUUCUUCAGCAAAAUAUCUUCAUGGAUAACAAUCUUCCAGAGGUCAUCUUUGGGUCAAGUUUUCCUAAAGAUCAGGAGUACACACAGGUCUGCAAGAAUAUCAACCGUGUGAAGAUCUGCAUGGAAACUGGCCAGACUGUUGUGCUUUUAAACCUUCAAAAUCUUUAUGAAAGCCUGUAUGAUGCAUUAAACCAGUACUACGUUUCCCUGGGUGGUCAAAAAUAUGUUGAUCUUGGUCUUGGGACACACCGUGUGAAGUGCAGAGUGCACGAAAACUUCCGGCUUAUUGUCAUUGAGGAGAAAGAUGUGGUCUACGAACAAUUCCCAAUUCCACUAAUUAACAGACUUGAAAAGCACUACCUUGACAUCAAUGGUGUCCUAAGGAAUGCUCAGAAAGAAACUGUCAAACAACUGCAGAGCUGGGUCCAACAUUUUGUGACUUCAAAAAAUCAGCAUUCGAGUUCACACAAGUACUUGCCACAAGAAGUUUUCAUUGGUUAUCAUUCAGAUACUUGUUCCUCUGUGAUACUGCAAGUAGUGGAGAAAAUGAGAGAUGACAUUGAGGAUGAAGACAUCCAAGACAAACUGUUAAAGGAAGCCAAGCAUGUCUUAUUAAAUUGUGCCACCCCAGAUUCUGUGGUACGAUUGGAGUAUACUGAUUUGCCAGAUGUAGAGACAGAGCAACUGUUCAAUACAUAUUUUAAGGAACAGAAACACCACUGUCUGGUAGAAUUCAUUGCCUCUCAUAUCCCAAAGGGCCAUCGGAACCAUUACAUCUUUACAGAGGUUACAACUUUUUCAAGGUUGUUGACAGUUGCAGAUAUUAAGCAACUUAAGCAAAAAACAGGGAUUUACAACAUUGGUCACUUGUCAUUGCAACAGUUUGAGACAGAAUUUUCCUUCCUCAAAAAAAUAAGGCAGUUCCUAGACACACAGUGUGCUGAUAAGAUCCUUAUAGUUCAAAUGGAUUUUGGGGAGAAUUCAUCAAGUGCUAAUCUUCUUGCAUCUGCCAGGUACUCCUCCAUGAAUGAAAUCAUCCGAUCAAAACAUGUCGAUGAAUGUAGGGUAUUUGUGUAUUUCGUCAUCAAACUACCAAGAAUGGAUGGUGGAACCUUCUACACUGGCUUUCAAGGAGGGCAUUGGAUGUCAGUUCACAUUGAUGACCUCAGAAGUUCUCAAGAGAUUGUAUCAGAUGUCCAGAAUCUGAGAAAUGUAUCCAUUUGUGAGCUCUUUGAGGAAAUUACAAUGGAAACUUCUGAAGAAAAUCCCGAUGAGUCAACGUUGGAGAAGGUGUUUGAUGCAACAGCGCUGCUGCGCAGUUGUAUCCAGCGCUCUGUGGGCAUGCUAAGGGAUUUUGAAGAUGGAGGAAAUCUUAGUACAAGAAGAGUGGACAUCUUGCUUGCACUCUUGGACAACAGCAACAAACUGAAAGUUAUGUUCAUGGAGACAUUGAAAAAGCGUCUUCAUCUCUUGUUGAAAAUGCGUGAGGACAAUGCUGAUAUGCCCAAAAACUGGGUCUCCAGGGAAGCAUCAAAUAUUGAGGCUCUCCAAGAGGGGGGAACUUUUAAACACACCCUGUGGCGUAGAGUACAGACAGUAGUCACUCCCUUCCUGGCACAGGUGAUUUCUGUCAUUGACCGUAACUGCAAUCUGGACCUUCUGCUUGACAUUAACAGUGAGGAUGAAGUAAAAAAUCUGUGGCUUCUCAUAUUUGAAGACAAAGCACUUCUGGAUAUACCAUACAUCCAAACUGGGCAAAUCUCCGAGUCACAGACCAUCCCGAUUCCAAGCCAUAUGUCAGCAGGAAGAACCAUGUCCUCCACUAUGCCCUUUAGCUGGAGGAUUAAAGAUCUGUUAGAUGACCUCUGGGAGUACACUUUACAUGGAGAGGAUCAAUCUUGUAAGAAGUUUGAAGAGGUCUUCAAGCGGACUCGAGUUGGCGAAUAUUUUGAAAGUGUGGACAAAAAAAUGCAGAAAGAAUUUUUCCAAAGAUAUCUUCAAGAUUUUGUUGGUUUAACAAUGAAAGUUUCAACUAUUGGUGAACAACAAUUGCUGUGUGCUGCCAUGAUGAGUUGUGUGACUGAGCUGUGCAGGAGGCGAGGCAGCUCAGUGGAAAGUGGACUCACCUUGCCACUCGUCCACACUGCUUAUCACGAGUUCCAGAAACGACUGCAGAAUUUCUCCAGGAUGAUAUCCAUCCUGCCUCAAGUGAUCCUGUCUUUACAGGGAAACCCACAUGUGAUGGACACAGCUGAGAUGGUUUUAGAUGUGUAUGGUGCUCUUGCCUGUCUGGAGCACCUAGAGCCCCAGGUAUUAAACGAGGACUUCCAAAAACACUGGCUAAAGCAAGUGAUGAAACUUCAAGUCCCUAUUGAAGUGGUGUGCUCAGAACAGAGCCUUAAGCAGUAUGGCGAGAGGAAUCGUGAAAUGGUGAAGCUUAUCCAAAACCGAUGGAGACGCAUCUUCAUCCUGGCUCUGUUUGUGGAGCACAUACUGUUGGAUAUUGAGGCUAAAGACGAGAGGCUAAAACCGCUGGUUAUGGAGUGCAUUCGAAACCUAGGGAAGGUACUUGAGAAAAACUCAGACAUGAAAUUGGAGAAGACCUUUCUGGCUGUGAUUGACAUACUCCGAUCCUGCAAGGGAAGAACAAGUGAUCUCAUAUUCAGGUUUGGCCUCCAGAUGUGCCCUGUAUGUAGGGUAGAACCUCAAGACCCUGUGGAACUGCCAUGCAAUCAUAUCUUCUGCCAGCCCUGCAUCAGAAGGUGGCUUAUUCCAGGCCAGAUGUACUGUGCUCUGUGUACCCAACCUGUGCCAGAUGACUUUGAGCAGAAAGUCUCUGAGGAUAUUCGAGCGUGUCUCAAAUUAAAUGCCCAGUUCAGACAACGGUGCAAUGCCUUCUUCAUAGAGAUAGUGUCCACAGUUUGUUUUAAGGACAAUUGCCCUCCAUCCAGAGCUGUCAUUCUGCACCUAUUGUCCUUCCUCAUGGUUGAGGCAAAGCCAGAUUCCUUAUCUCAUGCACACAGUCAUAUCCACACCAAAGCUCUGUCACCAUUCAAUGAGUGUAUGGACAGAAAUCCUGUUAUAAGGUCUAUGGUGCUUAAACUCCUGCUCAAAUACAGCUUUGAUGACGUAAGAGAAUACCUCGAAGAGCACUUGACGAUUAUUCUACAGAGCAAAAUUCUGGAUGGCACCAAUAAAAGUGAACUGUACUCUUUGUACAUCAAUUGCUUUGAGGAUUCUAUGUUUGAGAAAAAGCAGUUGAGCUGCAUGGAUAAGCAGAGGGCAUGCCUGCAAGAGGGAAGGGAUGUCCUGCACUAUGUUUUGCACACAGGAAGGGUGGCCACAGAGGAGAUCUCCAUAGAGAGCCUGAAGCAGACUGCAAGACUGCGUAUAUGCUUGGACAUGGGUGCUCAGCUGCUCACCACAUUACUAGGCAGUGGGAGCAUGGAGAAACAUCAGGAGGAGUUCUUGGACACAGUCAUAGAGCUUUGUAAAAAGAGCAAGAAUGACUGGUACAGAGUGUACCUGAUCAGAAAGAUUUGCAGCUUGCAGGGAAUUGAAGUUGCUCGGGGUAUGCAAAAGGAAGCUAAAUUCCACUGGCUUUUUCCACAAGAAAUCAUACAACAGGAAGACCAUGGGGGCAGUGUGGACCAGUACCUUGUAUAUGGCAAUGAUUAUAAAACUGUACGUGAGGCAGUUGCAAAGGCUGUAAUUGAGGGUAAAGCACAAAGUAUCGAUGAAGCCAUUGAGAGUUGUACUUGUACUCCAAAAAGAAAGGCCUUCUAUAUCCUUCUGGCCCUUUUCCAAGAAGUUACCAAUCUGUUUCGAGCAUCCAACCCAAUUCUCCAUCCCAAACCAGAGCAAUGCCAAGCCCUUGAAGAUUACAUCCAUGGCUUACGAUAUUUCACCCCAGAGAUGAAGGCAUUUGCUGAAACUCUGGUAAAAAACAGACUGGGCAGCCUAAGUGUUGACAGGCAUCAAUCAAACACAAAGCUCACCCUCAUAGAGCUGAGCAUCCAUCUGAAGGCUGUACUGUUGUGUGGGAUUGAGGGAGUGUUGGCUCCGCUUAUACGCCUGGCAUUUUCUCCUGCUACCAUGCAGAUGGCAUUUAUACCCACAAUGCCUGAAGACAUGCUGGCCACAGCAAAGAAGGUUCUUGGUUACACCUGGUAUACCUGUCCCAAUGGCCAUCCAUGUGUUGUUGACAAGUGUGGCAAGCCUACUCGGAUGGGGAGAUGUUUGGAGUGUGGAGCAGCUGUGGGAGGACUCAGUCAUCAACCCGUGCAAGGUUUCAGUAAAAUGCGUCAAGCAGGAGAUCGGACCCAGAUAGGCCACGUUCUAGGGGACCCACAGAGGAGAGAUAACCCAGAUGCACUGGAUACAAAAAGCUUGUCUCUGACUCCCUUUACAUUGGUCAGAAUGAUUACCCAUCUGGCCAUGCUGCUCGGAGCGUCAGAGCAGUCUCAGUCCCAGUAUAUCGUACAGAUCAUCCAUCCUCCAGUAGAGGAUCCCUGUGAGUUUUUAAUAAGGCAUCUGAUGAAGGAUUUGGAACAUCUUGGUAGGGCUCUCGGGAAAGGUGUUGAUGACACAGUCACUACUGUACACUUGAUGCUCAGCUGGGCCCUGGAGCCUCCUCAGAAUGUUCAAUGGCCUGCUGGCUAUGAUAAUGUCCUCUCAACCAAGGAAGCCAGGAAUGCCUGGGAGAUCGCCUUGGCUCAUAAUGUCAUUACUCCCAAAUUGAAGAAGCUGGAACCUAAGCUCAAAAAGGUGAACGACUCCAUGAGGGGCGAUGCCCGUGUGUCAUCUGAUCCCAUCCUGAAGUUGAUGUACGGAGACCCGCGGAUGUUCCUCUCCUCCCUGCCCCAGCAGUCUGUACUUCACAGCUCUGUUGUAUGGAGCUGCAGGGAGAAGGGCUCUCUGCUUAGUCUCACACACAUCGUUGAGCAGAAUGAUGGGAAAGAUUACUUUCCUCUACUCUGGAGGUUUCUACAGAAGGAGCCUGAAUUCCGGCUGGUUAGCUUCCUUCCAGACAUACUGGCUUUGCAGAAAAAACUGGUGAAGAAGUUUCAGAAUGUGCCUGAUUUGAUCUGUGGAACAAUUAAAGAUUUUAUUGAUAAACAACUAUCUGCAUCUGUGAAGAACUGGUAUGAGAAGUGCAUUAAAAUUUUCCUGAGUUCAUGGAAUCAGCUGCGGAUGUCCUUGGCCACUUAUGAGGUGAAUGUACCAGGAGAUUAUUGCAGUGUGGAUCUUGAUGAGGGCAGCGAACUGCAAGUGCUGAUUCCUCGGAGGCAGGGAGCAGGGCUGUGUGCGACUGCGUUGCUCAGCUACCUGGUCUCUCUACAUAACCAGCUGGUCGACGCAGCCAGCCAACACACAGGGGAGAAAAACAAUUACAUGGUAAGCCUUACAGAAGUGAGUGACCUGCACGUGAUCCGGUAUGAGGUGGACAGAGACCUGCUCCCCCUGGUGCUGUCUAACUGCCAGUACAGCAUGGAGCGUGGCCAGGAGACGCUGUCCGAAUACGACCUCCCCAAGAUCCAGCAACAGGUCUUCGCCCGCUUCUUACAAGGCAAACCCCACAUCACACUGACUGGAAUUCCCACUCUGAUCAGCAGACAAGAACGCAAUUAUGAGAAUAUAUUCAAAGACAUAAGAGAAAAAGUUCCACAGGAACCCCUGACCUCUUUGAGUUCCUCUGGGCUGAUAUCAGAUCUGCAGUCUCUCAGUGACGUCUGUGAGACCCUGUCAGCUGUGGAGAUUGCUUUGGGCUUCCUGGCAAUGACUGGAGGAGAUGCGCACAUGCCUCUGGAGGAGUACUUGGAGAAAAGACUGCACAUGGGGAAUCAGACUGCCCCUCAUAUCCUUAAGACUCUGGGCAGAUGUAGUCUGAAGCACUGUGUGGCCCUAUGGCAACUCCUUACUUCACUCAAGUCUGAACAUAUGCUUCGCCUCAAGAGGGAUCCUUUCUUAGGAAUCCCAGCAGAGUAUCAGCAGGCACUAGGGGAAAAGGAGAAAAAGCUACUAAUCAACUUCUUGUCUAAGAGUUCUGUGGAUGUGUGGCUUCUUGAAAUGCACGAGUUUCUGUUGCUGAACCUGAAAAGCCAGAGAGCAACUGACACCUUCAUACAUUCCUGGAGCAUUAAAGAUACUCUGGCCUCCUACAUGGAGCGCAAAGAUCUUGAUGUUCCUCUAGAUGUGGAGGAAGCCUUCCCAGACGAGAUCCAGUUGUCCCAGCUGGUGGAGACCUGGAAGUACAGUGUGACCAACAAACAACAAAGAUAAAGCACGAAAGGGUGCAAUGAUAUUCCAUUCAAGCAUGACUAUUAGGACAAUCUUUCACACUGUGUUCACACUUAAUAAAUUUUAUUAUUAUUAUGAGCACAUAUUACUUUUCAUUUUGUUAAUAUUUUCCAUUCAGGAAAGCUCAGGGAAUUGUGAAUGGUUUUUUUUUUCCAUUUUAGUUUUUCAAAAGAUUUUUUUAAUCUAUUGAUAAAAAAACAAUUAAUUAAAGGGAUUAAUCAGAUUUCAUUUCAUCAGACUUACUAUAAACCAGGUUUGUUACUCUAACUUAUUAUUUUAGUGAUUUAAGUAAUUGCAACUGGAAAAGAGAGGGUGUUUUUCAAUGUUUGUUCUCCCCCCAAGACAUGUUAAUUUGUUAUAUUUUAAGAUUGAAUGAACAUUUAAUGAGAUUUAUUGUUAAUCAGAAUAAUACGUACUUGGAGAAAUCUUGAAGACAUGGUAACUUUUUUUUUUUUGAUGCGCUUAUACCACUGGAUGGAGCUGUGGGCCAUUUUACUUUUCCUGAGCCCAAAUCUGAAGUGUACCAUUCCAAAUUAAUGGGUCCAUUUACUAUUUGUUCACCUGGUGUCAUAUAACCAAAUUUUUCCAAUUAAUGUAACUCCUGUUAUCCUGACCGUUCCAAAGCAAUCAGCUGAGUUAUAUUUUCUUCAUAUAAGUAAUGCAAAUAAAAUGUAUGCAUAAUUAAA